GCUGGAUGUGAAGCGGCUACAGAAACAGAGAGAGAGAGAGAGAGGCGGGGUAGUAGGAGGCAGUGUUAGCGGCUCCUGUACAUGGGAGAACAUGAACCUAUACAAUGGCAAAAACCAGGAGACUCUCAUUGAAAUGUCUUCCGCUGGGGAUGAGACUGGAGAUGUUGCUGUUAUCUUUGGUAUCGGACGGGAAGUGCCAGGGGAAGACAAUGGACCUUACUAUGACCCUUCCAAUAGUAGCCGAGAAGGAGAAAUUCCUGGCAAUUCAGAGGUGCUAAGUACAACCACAGAGACUGCAUCUCUCAUCCAUGAUCCGACAAAAGUGAUUGACAAGCAGAUCCACAGCAAAGACUCUGUUUUCUUCUGUGAUGGAGUCAGAAGAAUUGACUUUAUCCUUUCCUAUGUGGAUGAUCCUAAAGAUGCAGAAAAGAAAAUGUUAUUUCAUCAUAGAAUCAUCAUAGAAUCCCUACAGUGUGGAAACUGCAGAUACUGGAAGAAAUCUCAUGACCCCAAGAGUGAGAAUGAACGAUACACAUUAUACAAAGAGUGGGCUCGCUUUGGCCAAUUCUACAAGGAGCAGCCUCUGAACCUUAUCAGGAAAUACUAUGGAGAGAAGAUUGGAAUAUAUUUUGCCUGGCUUGGUUUUUACACAGAAAUGCUGGGAAUUGCAGGUGCUGUUGGUUUCAUUUGCUUUCUGUACGGCUGCAUAACCAAAGAUAGAAAUAUAUGGAGUGAGGAAAUUUGUGACGCUGACCUUGGAGGGAAGAUCAUCAUGUGUCCCUUAUGUGAUGGUUGUGACUUCUGGAGACUGAAUACCACCUGUGAAUCAACCAAGAAUUCUCACCUGUUUGACAAUGCUGCCACCUUGUUUUUUGCGGUUUUUAUGGGCAUCUGGGUUACUCUUUUUCUGGAGCUGUGGAAGCGGCGACAGGCAAAGCUCGAAUAUGAGUGGGAUCUUGUGGACUUUGAAGAAGAACAGCAGCAACUUCAGAUACGCCCAGAGUAUGAGGCAAAGUGUACGCACCACAAGAAAAACCCAGUUACUCAGGAAACAGAGCCUUACAUCCCAAUAUCAAACCAGGCGUUACGCUCUUGUCUGUCCGGUGCUACGGUUUUGUUUUGGAUCUCUCUGAUCCUGAUUUGUAUCAUUGCGGUUAUCGUGUAUCGCCUCUCGAUGUAUGCUUCCUUUGCCAAGAUCACUGUGAAUAUGAAGAAGGUCAGGUACAUUGGCACGUUCUUCACACCUCAGAUGGCAACAUCAGUUACAGCCUCCGUCCUGAAUUUUAUCAUCAUCAUGAUUCUAAACUAUUUCUACGAGAAGGUGGCAAUCUGGAUCACAGAUCUUGAGAUCCCCAAAACUCACUUUGAGUAUGAGAACCGGCUGACCAUGAAAAUGUUCCUCUUCCAGUUCGUUAACUACUAUUCCUCCUGUUUCUAUGUUGCCUUCUUCAAAGGCAAGUUCAUUGGUCGGCCUGGGGACUACAACCGUCUGUUUGGGACAUGGCGAAAUGAAGAGUGUGACCCAGGCGGAUGUCUCAUCGAGUUGACAACACAGCUUACCAUUAUUAUGGCUGGUAAGCAAAUCUGGGGCAAUAUCCAGGAAUCAUUUUUGCCGUACAAGGACUAUCGUUACCCUUCAGGACAUAGUUUAGAAUAUCAGCACAACAUGCAAUUCUGGCAUAUCUUGGCUGCAAAAAUGGCAUUCAUUAUCAUCUUAGAGCACGUUGUUUUCCUGGUCAAGUUUGCGAUCGCCGCACUGAUUCCGGAUGUCCCAAGUGAGGUGAAGGCUCGGAUAAAACGGGAGAAGUAUUUAACGCAGAAGAUUUUGCACGAGUAUGAACUCAAUAAACUGAGAGAGAUGCUUGCCGGUACAGGGAGUUGUGCUGUAAACAAGGAGGUCUCUGUGCAGGCAGAAAAGGUGGAGUUGCUGAGCGAGCAGUUGUAGCCCAAGUGGCAGCAGGUUUGAGAAACACCGAGAAAGGACUCGCCUGUGUUGGUAAAACAAAUGGAUUUGUUUAUUUGGUGAGGAAUGGCCUCCCAUGAUGACAUGGGAGUUGGUUCCAGCAAUCAUGAUGUUGCUGCCACUAAUUAUGAUACUAUAUCCUGCUGUAGAGUCUGUGAGCUACUGCUUUUGAUGUGACAACUUUUCAGAAUAAUUUUCUAACCUGGCAAUUAACAGUUCCUGUUAUCUUUCUGAAUGUGCCGUUCCUUUGGGAUAAUGAACACUUCUAUUGUUGUCAAGGAGACACUGACUGUUAAACCGUCCAAAAACAUUACAAACCUGUUGAAAACCUCGCAUAUAGGAUAAUGAAGAAUGUCAAGUUGUAAGUCUAUGUUAUACUCUAUCUGAUCUAAAAUGAGAACCAAUGCAAUCCUGUGAUCAGGUGCAAUGUCUUUUUGUUUUUUAGUUUCACUCCUUUGGUCAUUGACUCCAUCAUAUUUGCUUUAGACUCCCUUGGCCUCUUUUUUGUUUCCUCUGCUCUCCUUUUCUAUCUCUUGUCUCUUUUUAUUCCUUACCUGCCUUAUCUCUCUAGUCCACGUUCUGCGCAGAUUCAUCAGACCAACAAUACUGUCUGUAACAGAAUGAAACAAAAUGGACACAAAAUGACGUAUGAAGCAAGGUCAUGUUCUGUGAAACUUAAGAGUGGAAACUACUGCGAGAUACUAAUGCACAAAAUGUAACUACUGAAAUCUCAUUGACCAAUUCUUAACUUUAUGCACACGCUGAAUAAAAAAGCCAUCAGUUUCCUGUAAUACCUCCACAGCUAGGGCUAAAUGCUACACAUCUCUAUAUUAUUACUCCAUGCUCCAGUGUUGGACCGUGCCCUAGUUUCAAUGACUAGUCAAGAAAUGCUUCAUUAGUUUUGAAUCAAAAUUUACUCUUAAGGUUGCAUUAAAACUUCCUUUGAAAAUUGUUUUAAAGAGGUGGAUGUGUGACAUGCAGAAUAGGUGUGGAGUAAGUAUGUUCUAAUCACAGAUGUCCCAAUCUAUGUCAGCAAACAGAAGGAGUUUCAAAAAGCCCGUCCUGCAACAAUAACAUGCUUUGGGCAACAUAAAGGGACAUCGAAGAAGGCCAUUCUUAAACAGCCUUCACACAUUAUCCCACCUGCCAUUGCCCUGAGUGUCUUGAAAGUGGAGCGAGAUUAAAGCCCUGAAAUACCAGUGUAGUGGGCAGUUAAUUGGCUUCAUUUGGCCAAAGAGCUUGCAGCCUAGAGGUAAUGUAACCCCUCCUUUGUAUUAUAGGUUCAGAGGUGGGUGGGAAGGGAGUGGGAUGGACACUUGACAUAUUUUGUUCAUCCCUCCUGCCAAAAACAUGCACGACAUAAAAUCUACCUGGUGGUGUCUUGAGGUAAGCCCCCUCCAAUGAGCGUCAGAGACUGGUCUGACAUUGUGCCAUUCAGCCUUUUCCCCGUGCCUCAAGAACUGUUCUUUCCUGAAUGCCCGAAGACACACACAAGUGGGGGUUGGGGGUGAGAGACCCCAUCCUCCUGUGUGAUAUCAUGGAGGCAGCCCACAGAGGUCGUAGGUCACCCAAACAUAGGCUCACCAAGUAGCAAGUGAGAAUGACCUUUUGUCUGAUACACAAAAUAAUUCCACAAACAUAAGCGUGAGGAGUAGGCCGUUUGGCGCCUUGAGCUUGCUCUAUCAUUUAAUAAGAUCAUGGCUAAUCUGAUUGUAAUCUCAAAUCUCCAUUCUCACCUACCCUUAAUACUUUUCCCUACUACCCCCAACACAGUUGCUUAUUGAGAAACUAUUCACGUCUCCCUUAAAAAUAUUUAAAGACUCUGUUUCCAGAAGCUUCUGUGGAAGAGAGUUCCAAAGACUCUUGACCCACUGUGAGGGGGGAAAAAAAAACCUUUUGUCUGAUCUCUGUUUUAAACGGGUGGAGGUUUCUUUCAGACAGUGACCCUUAGUUCUAGAUCCUCCCACUAGAUUGCAAAUUCUAUCCAUGUCUAUGCUGUCAAGACACCUCCAGAUCUUAUGGGUUUCAAUGAAGUUGUUUGUUACUGUUCUAAACUCCAGCUGACAUAAGUCUAACCUGACCAAUCUUGCCUCGUAAGACAACCCAUCCAAUUCAGGUAAUCUGGCUGGUAAACAGAAAUGGAAAUUGCUGGGAAAAUUCAGCAGGUCUGGCAGCAUCUGGGGAGAGGUAA